UGAGAAUCUUUCUGUUUCAUUAUUAGUAUACACCGAUCCCCACCCACGCAACUUUAUGCACAGCCGCAGCUGCUCCAAAAAUCACAAGCAAACAUUCUUUCUUCCAAAAAAAAGAGAAAAAUUCCACAAGCAUUAGAACGAAGUUUGGAUGUCUCGCUUGUCGAUGGCCAUACUGGUCUGUCUUGCGCUGCUGAUGAUUUCAUGCCAACUUUGUUCUGCCAGAAAUGACCCAGGAAGCAGAGGCCAUCCGCCUGCGGGCGCGCACCUUCCUCCUCGAUGCAAGCUGUGCUUCGUGGUGGCGCUCCCGGUCGCCGGCGUCCUUGUUGCAGCUGCGGCGGUAGCCCUCGUGACCUGCCUCCUCCGCCGCAGAAACAGGAACGCCGCGGCUGUGUCGUCCGUGCCCAAUAAGCUGCAGGGCCAUCGUCGCCACAGUAACCAGCAGUCAUCGUCGGCUGGCGUCGCGGAUAAAGGCUCCACCCCGGCGGCGGCGGCGGGAUCGACCGGUGACUCGUCGUGGAACGUGAGGUACUACGACAACCCGAUGUCCAUCAACCCGACCAUGGUGCGGAGUCCGGUACAGUUUUGGUUAUCCCACGGCUCCUCGCCCUCGCACCACCCCUCGACCUCGAGUACGAACCACCACCGCUCGCCCGCGCGAUCUGCUGCUGGUUCUCCGCUGCGGCGGCCAGGUCUGCCGCCGGUUCCGGGGCGUGCAAAGCCGGAGGAGAGGGCUGUGACGGGGGAUCCCCUCGCCAUGUACUCGCCUUCCAUCUCUGUGUUGCUCAAGGAAUUUGACUACGAGCAGCUGCACUUGGCAACCAACAACUUCGGGAGGAAGUCCCUGCUUGGCCGGCGUGGUGGGCCCUGGGUCGUGUUCAAAGGGACCAAAUUUGUCAAGGACGAAGGCCUGCCCGCCACGGUGGCCAUCAAGAGGUUCCGCACCACAUUCACCGAUGAGCAGUGCAAGCGUAUCCGCGGAGAUCUCAAGUCCAAGUUCAAGUUCACCCUGCGGCACAAGAACCUCGUCAACCUACUCGGUUACAGCUUUGGCAAAGGACGGUUCCAUCUCGUGUACGACUACAUGACCAACGGCAGCCUAGAGCAGCAUCUCUUCCCUGAGGCCAACAGAGGGUCGACACUAAGCUGGUCGCUCCGCCACAGCAUUGUCAAGGACGUCGCCCAGGGGCUGUACCAGCUGCACGUGACCGGCGCGCCCCACGGAUCGAUCGGGGCGUCCAGCAUCAUGCUUGACCACGACUCCACCGCGCAUCUCGACGACCACUUCGGCUACCGCCCCGAGAGAAUCGCCAGCGGCGGCGGCGGCGACGCAUCAGCUCUGGCGGACAGGGACGCCGCCUUGCAGGAGGACAUCGCGGACCUCGGCGCCCUUGUCAUGGAGCUCGUGUCCGGCCGGCGGCGUCAUAGCACCGCCGUCGUGGUGGGUAACGCAACGACGACGAUGCCCCUGGACCACUGGGUCAGGACGCUGCACGGCGAAGGCUGCCUUCUCGACGCCGUCGACCCGGCGCUGGAGGGAGAGUUUAAUCAAGCCCAGGCAUCCAAGCUCCUGCACCUCGGCCUCGUUUGCAGGCAGCAGCCAGACCCCCCGCAGAGGCCGAGCAUCCACGAUGUGCGCAUGGUCUUGCUAGACAUGAAGCCGAUGCCCGAGGUCCUUUCUUUAUCAAAACCGGCCUCGGACACGGACAGGCCGGAUGGUUAGAGCAUGAGCAUCCAUGGCACCUACUUUUCGUACAAAGCCCAGGGCAACUGGGGAAGGAAUCUACCAUGUAGCAGUCGCUUAUACAAAGUUCCAUUUCCGAUUUUCCGUUCCUCACAUGCAUGGGUCGUCCAGUCCAUGUACAUGUUGACCCUAAUGAAGCAUGUGUAUUAAUUAUAUUUGUGUUCCUCUUAUUGCUGGCCACUAUAUUAUAGAUAUCGAGUGCGUAUAAAUAGUAAAA